ACGAGACCACAAAUUCAAGAUGGCGGCGCCAAUGUUGAAGGAUAAAGGUAGCCUGCAGUUUGAAGACAAGUGGGACAGCAUGCGGCCCACUGUCCUGAAGCUGUUACGGCAGGAACCAGUCACCAGGGCUGAGUGGCAGGACCUGUUCUGGGAUGUUCACUCGGUGUGUCUGUGGGAUGAUAAGGGACCAGGAAAGGUUCACAAGGCCCUACAGGAUGACAUCCUGGAGUUCAUCAAACAAGCGCAGCAGCGAACUUUGACCCAUCAGGACGACACGGCUUUACUGAAAGCGUACAUCGCAGAGUGGCGGAAGUUCUUCACGCAGUGUUCAUACCUGCCCAAGCCGUUCGGCCAGCUAGAGACGUCCCUCGCUGGCAAGACGGUCAGCAGUGUGCAGAAAAAGAACAGUCCGGAGGACAGCAUUGUUAGGAAGCUGAUGUUGGACAGCUGGAAUCAGAGCAUCUUCUCCAACAUCAAACAGCGUCUCCAGGACAGCGCCAUGAAGCUGGUGCACUCUGAGAGGAUGGGGGAGGCCUUUGACUCACAACUGGUCAUCGGGGUUAGGGAAUCAUAUGUCAACCUAUGUUCAGAUCCUGAGGACAAGUUAAAGAUAUACAAGGAAAAUUUCGAGGCUGCGUACAUAGAAGCAACGGAAGCCUUCUACAAGGCACAGGCACCCCAAUACCUGGCAGACAACGGGGUCCAGAACUACAUGAAAUAUGCUGAUAUGAAACUAAAGGAGGAAGAACAGCGGGCCAUGAGAUACCUGGAAACUAGGAAGGGCUGUGACUCUGUGCAAAAGAAAAGCCUCCAUAUAGGACAGAUAGCAAGCCAGCAGUUUCAGCUUACAGAAUGCUGUGUUCACGUACUAGUAACUGCCUUCAAAGAGACCAUCCUUGCUGAGUGCUCUGUUAUGAUCAAGAGAAAUGAAACAGACAAGCUGCUGCUAAUGUUCCAGCUGUUAGACCGGGUGCCAGACGGCAUCAACCCCAUGCUGAGGGACCUGGAGGAGCACAUCAAGAACCAGGGCCUGGCUGACAUGGUGGCUGCUGCGGAGACUAUCACUUCUGAUUCUGAGAAGUAUGUUGAACAGCUGCUGUCCCUGUUUAACAUCUUUAGUAUGCUAGUCAAGAAAGCCUUCAGUGAUGACCCCAGAUUUCUCACCUCUAGGGACAAGGCCUACAAGCAUGUAGUGAAUGAUACAACUGUAUUUAGGUUAGAGCUUCCCUCUAAACAAAAAGGUGUAGCAAAGACGCAGCCAGAAUCCAAAUGUCCAGAGCUGUUAGCCAACUACUGCGACAUGCUGCUGAGAAAGACUCCUCUGAGCAAGAAACUCACAUCCGACGAAAUAGACGCAAGACUUAAAGAUGUGUUACUAGUGCUGAAGUACGUACAGAACAAGGAUGUGUUUAUGAGGUACCACAAGGCCCACCUGACCCGUAGGCUCAUCCUAGACAGCUCUGCCGACAGUGAGAAGGAAGAAAACAUGGUGGAGUGGCUCAGGGAAGUAGGCAUGCCAGCAGACUAUGUCAACAAACUAGCCAGGAUGUUCCAGGACAUCAAAGUCAGUGAAGACCUCAACAGUCAGUUUAAGGAAGCUAUCCGGGACAAGGGGCACGGGUCUAUAGCAGAUUGUGUAAAUAUCAAGGUACUGAACGCGGGUGCCUGGGCACGUAGUUCGGAGCGAGUGUUCGUGUCCCUGCCCAUGGAGCUGGAAGACUACAUCCCUGAGGUGGAGGAGUACUACAGGAAGACUCACAGCGGCAGGAAACUGCAGUGGCAUCAUCUCAUGUCUAAUGGCAUUAUAACCUUCAAAAACAAAGUAGGACAGUACGACCUUGAGGUCACGACCUUUCAGAUGGCGGUCCUGUUCUCCUGGAACCAGAGGCCCCUAGAGAGAAUACCGCUGGAAAACCUGAGGUUAGCCACGGAGCUUCCCGAUACAGAGCUUAGGAGAACUCUAUGGUCUUUAGUGGCCUUCCCUAAGAUUAAGAGACAGGUCCUGGUGUAUGAACCUGAAGCUCAGUCACCUAAAGACUUCCAGGAGGGCACAGUCUUCUGGGUCAACCAGGAGUUUGGCCUCAUUAAAAAUGGGAAACUCCAGAAGAGAGGGAAGAUAAACCUGAUUGGUAGACUGCAGCUGUCCACAGAGAGAACACGGGAGGAAGACAACGAAGGUAUCAUACAGCUCAGGAUACUCAGGACACAGGAAGCUAUAGUGAAGAUUAUGAAGAUGAGGAAGCGGAUCUCCAACGCCCAGCUCCAGACUGAGCUAGUGGAGAUUCUUAAGAACAUGUUCAUCCCAUCUAAGAAGAUGAUCAAGGAACAGAUUGAGUGGCUCAUCGAACACAAGUACAUGAGGAGAGAUGAGGACAACAUCAACAUGUUUAUUUACAUGGCAUAAGGCUUGGUAUAUGGGAAGCUGCAACACAACAUAUCUGGAACUGUAGACUUGAGCAAACUCCCCUCCCCUGCAACAUGGACCCUCCCAAAACCACAAUCUAGUAUUCUUAAUCUGAAGGUCGUACCAUUUGGAAGAACUUUGAAGGUAGAUCUCACAUAAAACAUAAUUUUCAAUAUGUCCCAGUUUUCCUAGUUUCUAAGAACUUGCCAAACCAAGUGUUUUUUUUUAACAUUACUUAUGCUCAAGAACUUAAAAAUGUCAUGCCAGCUUGUGAUUCAGUGUUUUUAUAAAACAAACAGGCAAACAUACAGUUUUUAUAAUGGAGGCAAUUUGCAGUACAAAUCUCUUCAAAAUUGGUGAUACGUUUCUGUACAUUUGAAGUGUCCAUUGUUUAAAAGUAGGAACCCGUACCAAAAAGAAGUGAAUGUUUUUCUGUGUUGACCAAGCAACAUAGACUUAAAACACACCAUUUAAUGGUGACACUAAGAGUUGCCCCCCUCCCCCAUCCAUAAAGUCCCUUUGUAUUUAUAUAUCAACUAGUGUAUUGUGCAAUGGCCUGUAUUUGUUUAUAAAACAUAUUGAGCUGUUUAUUUUUUGGUUCAUAAUAGGCAUCGCUCAAGUUCUCUUCAAAAAGGUUGGUUAAAAAUUGGAUAGUUUUUCACCCACUAAAUAUACUGAUUACUGUAAAUGCAUCUAAGUUUGUGGGGAUUUAAUUUCGAGUUUUAUUUUGAGUUCAUGGUAGCACCAUGCACUCUAGUCUCUUACUGCCACGGAAAAAUGUUCGCGGCGGUUUUAAGUUUGCGGUGAAGCGGCCACCGCGAAAAGCACUAACAUUAAACCACCGCUAAAGUUUCUGCAUUUACAGUAGCAUUUACCGUAAAUUUCACAACUUUUCCGGUGGUUUUGUUUUCACAGUGACCUGUCCACUGCGAAUGCUUGACUUAGUGAAUAUGUCUCUUUUUUUAUGACUACUGUAUCACAAAAUUUUUUCAGCCAUGAAUUGAAAACUUAGUGACCCAUCCCCCCCCCCUUUACCCCUAACAUGAAAUACUACUGUCAAACUCAAGUAAAUGAAUUUACAAGAAAAGAUGAGGGAUAUGUUCCCGAGAGAGUGCCUUGCUGAAAUGGUAUGUACUUGUAUUAAACACGAGUGACUGUUACGAGAGUUGGGUACUUGUGUUCGUACUUGUAAUUGUAUGUCUUACACAAUGUCCUGGUAUAACUAAACCUAUGUGUGGUCAAUGCAUGUAUCAAUGAAAAACCUUUGGAGGAAAGAAAGGGGGUUUCUUUGUUCUAUAAUGUGCUGCAGUCAAUGUAACACCUUGCUAUCCUUGUGUAGCUAUUACACUCAACUGAAUUGCCCCCUCUCCAAUUGGAUUUUAUAUUGAUUGGUGCAUAAUCAUUCCAAUAUUCUGAAUCAAUUUUUUUUUUCUUAAGAAUUUUUAGGCAGUAUUCAUAUACAACAUGUAUGCAAAACUCACCAUAAAAGUGUUAUCAAUAAAUAUUACGUGUAAAUGUACAGUAUAGGAAUCGUAAAUGGGAUUGUUUGCGUAAGUUUAUACAUUUUGCUUUCACCAACCAAACGAAUGCAAAAUUCACCACGUCACAUGCCAUGAAUGUUUGUAAAUAUAUUGUUUAUCCAAGCGAGGUUGCCAAGUUAUCAUGGGGAGGGGACGCGCUGCAUUAGUUGUGAUAGAAGCAAAGAAUGUAAGCUUCACAAAUGUACAUUGUGUAUUUGCCAAGAAUUUUGUAUCUGUGUUUCCCUAUCCCUGCAGCAACUGGUAAGGGAAAAGAAUGGUGUUCAUGAUAAUAAACAAGAUUUCCAUAUCUUAGAAUAUAAGUACCAAGCGAUUAAAGAAAGCAGACCGAUGGUAUAGAAGCAAGAAGAGGUAUAUGCCACACUAGCGCUCUGUUAGCGUAGUCUUUUCUCUUGCAAGUUGUUGCAGCGGUAUUAUGUAAUAAGAAGACAUUCUAUAGUGUAACAAAAUUACAUGGAGCAGCGCUAUAUAUUAAUGUACAAUGUAGAUGUGUAUACAUGUAUGAAAAUGGUUGGGAAAUUAUGCGCCCCUGUACAUGUACGUGUGUACAUUUUGGAAUUGCAAAAGUUGACAAAAUGAUAAAUAAAGGAUACCAAAAAUA